AUGAACGGCUCGGCGAGGGCACAGAAGCUUCAGAAGCUUCACAAGCUUCUGGCAGCAGACAGCCUCACAUUCGCCCUGAUGCUCGGCUUCAGGGGCGAGGCUGUGGCUAUUAAGUGGAAGAUGUCUGCUGCUCAAUUCCUGGUUUCAUAUCAAUCAGGAACCCCAGAAAAGAACAUGGCGAUCAUCGCGUGCUUUCUUCCCAUCACUUCAUUGUUGGUCACUCUGGGCCACGCCCAGUCGGCCAACCCAAUAAAAGUCAACACAGAAUCUACUCAAUUCCUCGGCGCUGAAACGAGUUCCAAUGAUCCAAAUCUCUUCCGCGAUGGCGGCUCCCAAGGCGUCCUCAACAACGUCUACUACCAAAUCUACGCCGACACCUGCCAAAAGAACAACCCAAACGACACGGACUGCGCGACGUUCCGCGCCAACUCAAUCGGGGUCAGCACAUACAGCCCGACCGUCGUCCAGGACUUCUCCAACCCGCCGGCGCAGUUCUGCACGCCGUCGAAUGGCGCUAGAAUUCACUUGACGAAUUUGGUGCCUACUGAUGGUGCUGGCGGUACGCAUGGGGCGAUGUGGUAUAUGGCGCUUGCUAGUUGUUCGCAGAAUAUUAAUGGGUGCACGUCUGCGCUGGGCGUUGCGCUUGUUCAGACUGCUGCCAGUGGACAGCAGCCGACGUGUAGUGUGCUGUACGGGUUUUGGGACACGACCAAAGAGCCCAUGUGGGGUAGCAUAGGAGCCGUAGGGCCACAGUCAGAUGGGUACAUAUAUGUCUUCGGGACUCUGGACGCUAGCCAAAAUCCCCAAGCGACUUCAAGCGAUAUGUACGUCGCGCGUGUGCUUCCCGGUAACGUCGGCAGUCUAAACUCCUACCAAUACUGGAACGGGGCCUCCUUCCAAAGCCAACGCAUCACCAGCGGCUACAGCACCGCCUCAGUCCUGAAAGACGUCAGUCCCGGCUCCGUGCGCUACAACAGCUACUACAAAAGCUAUAUUGCUAUAAACCUCGUGAACGGAAACACCUUGCAAGCGUACACGGCGAGUGUGCCGCAAGGGUCAUGGAGCGGCGCUACGACGUUGUGGUCGAAUUCUUCGUAUGGGAGUCCUUCACCGCUAUAUGAUCCUCAGGGCUUGUCGUUCCGAGAUACUUCGGGUAAGACGUUGGCGGCGCAGAUGUCGCAGUUUCCGUAUAAUACUAUUAAGGUUACUAUUAAGCUUUUUUUCCAGUGA